CUCCAGGAAGAGGAAGAGAUCUUCCUCUCCAGUUCCCACCUGUGUGUCACUGAAGAGCAAUCAAUCCAUGAAUCCUCCUCCUAAAUUCAGUGAUGGACUAGUGACCUCUGACCCCAGAGAUGAUCAGACUGGAGACCAGGAUUCUCCUCAAGCAGUAGAUGAUGAACUACAGAGAGUCAAAGACCAGCUCAAAACCAGCAUGAAGAACAAGUAUGAGAGAUUAUUUGAGGGUCUGAAACUCCAGGAGAAUGAAACCCUCCUGAACAGGAUCUACACGCAGCUCUACAUCAUAGAGGGAGAGAGUGAAGGAGUAAAUGAACAACAUGAGGUUUUCCAGAUGGAGAAAACAGCCAGAACACAUCACUCACAAGACACUCCAAUCUACUGCAAUGACAUCUUUAAAGCCUCACCUGAACCAGGAUGUGAGGAGAAACACCAGAUCAAGACUGUUCUUACUAAAGGCAUCGCUGGAAUCGGAAAAACCGUCUCUGUGCAGAAGUUCAUUCUGGACUGGGCCGAGGGAAAAGACAAUCAGGAUGUAGAUUUCAUGUUUGUGCUUCCAUAUCGGGAGCUGAACUUGAUCCGAGAUCAUCAGUACAGUCUUCACAAACUUCUGCUGGACUUUCAUCCUGAACUCCAAGAUCUGGACUCAAAGAUUUAUGAGGAGAGUAAAGUUGUGUUCAUCUUUGAUGGUCUGGAUGAAAGCAGAAUCACACUGAUGUUUUCAGAUGCUCAGAAAGUUUCUGAUGUGACUGAGACUUCAUCAGUGGGUUUGUUGAUGUCAAACCUCAUGACAGGAGAGCUGCUUCCCUCUGCUCUCAUCUGGAUCACCUCCAGACCAGCAGCAGCCAAUCAGAUCCCCUCCAAAUACAUCAACCGUCUGACAGAGAUUCAGGGAUUCAAUGAGCCUCAGAAGGAGGAAUAUUUCAGGAAGAGAAUCAGUGACGAGCAUCAAGCCAGCAGAAUCAUCUCACACAUCAGAAGAGCAAGAAGCCUCCACAUCAUGUGCCACAUACCCGUCUUCUGCUGGAUAUCAUCCACUGUGCUUCAAAAGCUUCUGAAAGAAGAUCUGAGUGCAGAAAUCCCUCAAACUCUGACUGAAAUGUACAUCCACUUCCUGCUGAUGCAGAUCAACAUGAGGAAUCAGAAGUAUGAAGAGAAAGAUCCAGAGAAACUGCUGCAGUCCAACAGAGAAGUGAUUGUGAAACUUGCUGAAGUGGCUUUCAAACAGCUGAUGAAGGGCAAUGUGAUGUUCUAUGAGGAGGACCUGAGAGAGAGCGGCAUAGACGUCACUGACGCUUCAGUGUAUUCUGGGAUUUGUACUGAGAUCUUUAAGGAGGAAUCUGUGAUUCAUCAGAGGAAAGUCUACAGCUUCAUUCAUCUGAGCUUUCAGGAGUUUCUCGCUGCUUUCUAUCUGUUUUAUUUACAUGUGGUCAAGAACAAGGAACCACUGUAUGAAUACAGUUUUUACAGAUCUGAUAAAGACUCUCUGAAUGACCUACUAAGAUCAGCAGUAGAUAAAGCCCUUGAGAGUGAGAAUGGACAGCUGGAUCUGUUCCUGCGGUUCCUGCUGGGCAUCUCACUGGAGUCCAAUCAGAGACUCUUACAGGAUCUACUGACACACACAGAGAACAGCUCAGAGACCAUCAGAGAAACCACACAGUACAUUCAACAGAAGAUCAAGGAUGGACAUAAUCUCUCCGCUGAAAGAUCCAUCAAUCUGUUCCUCUGUCUGCUGGAGGUCAAAGAUCAGUCUCUGUCCAGAGAGAUUCAGGAGUUUGUGAAAUCAGACAAACAGUCAAAAGAGAAACUCUCUAUUGCUCAGUGCUCAACAAUUGCCUACAUGAUUCAGAUCUCAGAGGAGGUGCUGGAUGAGCUGAACCUCAUGAAAUACAACACAUCAGCUGAGGGGAGAAGAAGACUGAUACCAGCUGUGAUCAACUGCAGAAAAGCUCUAUUUUCUGGCUGUAAUCUCUCAGAUCAGCAUUGUGAAAUUGUGUCUUCAGCUCUACAAUCCUCAAACUCUGUCCUGAGAGAGCUGGACCUGAGUAACAAUGACCUACAGGACUCUGGUGUCAACUUCAUUUCUGAUGGACUGAAGAGUCCAAACUGUCAGCUGCAGAUACUGAGUCUGGCUGGCUGUAAUCUCUCCGAUCAGCAUUUUGAAAUUGUGUCUUCACCUCUACAAUCCUCAAAUUCUGUCCUGAGAGUGCUGGAUCUGAGUAACAAUGACCUACAGGACUCUGGUGUCAACUUCAUUUCUGAUGGACUGAAGAGUCCAAACUGUCAGCUGCAGAUACUGAGUCUUGCUGGCUGUAAUCUCUCAGAACAGCAUUGUGAAAUUGUGUCAUCAGCUCUACAGUCCUCAAACUCUGUCCUGAUAGAGCUGGAUCUGAGUAACAAUGACCUACAGGACUCUGGUGUCAGCUUCAUUUCUGAUGGACUGAAAAGUCCAAACUGUCAGCUGCAUAUACUGAGGUUGUCUGGCUGUAUGGUGACAGAGGAAGGCUGUGGUUAUGUGUCUUCAGCUCUGAGUUCAAACCCCUCACACCUCAGAGAGCUUGAUCUGAGCUACAAUCACCCAGGACAAUCAGGAGUGCAGCUGCUCAACCACAAACUGGAGGAUCCAAACUAUAAACUGCAGAUACUCAAUGUGGGACAUGGAGGAGAGGACAUGAUGACAGAAGGACUACGAAAGUAUUCCCAUCAGUUCACUCUGGAUCCAAACACAGUGAAUGAAAACCUCCGUUUGUCUGAGGGGAACAGAGUGAUUACUGACACUAACACAGUCCAGCCGUAUCCUGAUCAUCCAGACAGAUUUGAUUAUCAUCGUCAGGUAUUGUGUAGGGAGAGUGUGAGUGAUCGACGCUGUUACUGGGAGAUUGAGUGGAGUGGAGAUGAGGGUCAAGUGUUUAUAUCAGUGUCAUAUAAGAGCAUCAGCAGGAAGGGACGGGGUAAAGAGUAUGUGUUUGGACGUAAUGAUCAGUCCUGGAGUUUGUUCUGCUAUCACUCCGGUAACUCAUUCUUACACAAUAACACAGAGACUCAUCUGCCUUUAAUUACAAGCCCUAGAAUAGGAGUGUAUGUGGAUCCCAGUGCAGGAACUCUGUCCUUCUACAGCAUCUCUGGAGACACAAAGAAACACGUCCACACAGUCCAGACCACAUUCACUCAACCGCUCUAUCCUGGGUUUUGGGUUCAUACUGGAACAUCAGUGAAACUGUGUUGAUGACCAAGAAUAGAUUCUUGAGAGAUUCUACCAAUAAUAAUUUGAGCUGCAUGAUAAAUUACUAACAAUCAGAUGUUAUAGAAUCUCUUAUUUUCUCCUUAUGACAUUAAUACUACAGUUGAACUUCUGUCGUUGAAAUAACAGAACAAAUGUGUGUAAUAAAUCCUCAUAUAGACAGUGUUUGUGUGUACUGGUAAUCCCUACGUUAUGGAAUAUAAUAUAUAUAUAUAUAUAUAUAUAUAUAUAUAUACCAAAUGACCUCACAAGUAUAGUAAUACUAUAGUAAAUUUUAACCUGGCCUUUUUUCAGGUCCCCAUGAGGAAACAAUCUUAUAAAUCAUACAGAAUGAUUUUUUCUGAAAAUUUAAAAAUGCAGAAUGUUUUCUGUGAUGGGUUGGUUUAGGUAACUUUGUAUGUGAGGGAGAAAAUGCAUAUAAGCCUCAUUGUCCUCCAAGACUGUGUUUGUGUAUAGUGUUUCUUGGGGUUUUCUUGUGCAUCAACAAAAAGUUUUUGUGUAUUUGUUUUAGAGAUUGUUUUAUCAAUAAAUGUAGAGUGUUUCAAUUUG